UUGGUGCGAGGCAGGGGUUCUGCUCAGGUGUGGCGCACAGACGCUGCGGCUGGCACUUUACCUUCACUUGCGGGAAUCCGAGUUCAAGUCCCCACGGAGGCUGCAGUCAUGAAGGAGAGACGGGCUCCCCAGCCAGUCGUGGCCAGAUGUAAACUCGUCCUGGUGGGGGAUGUGCAGUGUGGCAAGACCGCGAUGUUACAGGUGUUAGCGAAGGACUGCUACCCAGAGACUUAUGUGCCCACCGUGUUUGAGAAUUACACAGCCUGCUUGGAGACAGAGGACCAGCGAGUAGAGCUCAGUCUCUGGGACACCUCAGGGUCCCCCUACUAUGACAAUGUUCGCCCGCUCUGCUACAGUGACUCAGAUGCAGUGUUACUAUGCUUCGACAUCAGCCGUCCAGAGACAGUGGACAGUGCCCUCAAGAAGUGGAGGACGGAAAUCCUAGACUAUUGUCCAAGCACACGUGUUUUGCUUAUCGGCUGCAAGACAGACCUUCGGACAGACCUGAGCACUCUGAUGGAGCUAUCCCACCAGAAGCAGGCGCCCGUCUCCUACGAGCAGGGCUGUGCAGUCGCCAAGCAGCUGGGUGCAGAAAUCUACCUGGAAGGCUCGGCUUUCACCUCAGAAAAGAGUAUCCACAGCAUCUUCCGGACAGCAUCCAUGGUGUGUCUGAACAAGCCCAGCCCAGUGGCCUCAAAGAGCCCCACCCUCAGCCUCUCCAAGCGACUGCUUCACCUCCCCAGUCGGUCGGAACUCAUCUCUUCCACCUUCAAGAAAGAAAAAGCCAAAAGCUGUUCUAUUAUGUGAAGCGGGGGUUGGAGAGGGGAGACAACCUCCCACCUCCUCCCAUGGGGAGCAGAGGCACGGGGAUCGGGAGGAUGAGACACUUUAGGACACUGGACACGAGUUUUUUCAGACGGCCACGGUGAGGGCUUGGAAGGAGACAGGAACGGGCCAAGGACAGAGCCAGGCCCAUCUUGAGGACCUGACAUUAAGAAAGAACCAUCACACCCCAAGCCAGGCACUAGACUGGAGGGUAGAAGGACAGCUGUGGGGCUGGGGGCCCUGUAGGAGCCUCACCUUCAGCAUCAUGCCUAUCCCACACAGCAUUUCCAUGCAGGCCGGGGAGAGGACAGGUCCUGGACCCCUUCCCAUCUGCUCUGAGAAGGCCGCAGAGGAGUGGAGAGUGGGGAAGCCGAGAGGCAGCUCCCUUGGAAGCUGAGCCCAGGUGCUUCAUAACUGAGACAGCAGGGCAGGAGCUGGUCAGAGCCGCUGAGAGGGAAAGCUCAUCUCUGCAUAGCCUAUGCCUCCCAGAGAGGUGACAUCACACAUUCACAUGCUUCUCGCCUAAGUCCCCAGGGUCCCAGGGAGAAGCCCCAGACCCCUUUCUCUUGCAGUGUGGGGGUGAUGGUGCUGCAGGAGGCAGGGCUGGGUGGGGGUCACCAGACUUUUUCAGCCCUUAGGGCGGUCCAGCUGGCAUUUGUUUUAUAGACUCUUGUCUUUGGAAUGGGGGGGAGAAUAUUCAACCUGUUAUAUGUUCUGUGUUUAAAGAAGAAAAUCUAUUUAUUACUGAAAAAAAUA